AUGAUAAUCUCAUCUAAGUCCUCUGUUGGCAAAACACCCUAUGAUAAAGAGUCCGUAGAGGAGAGCCCCAAGGAAAGUUUGAGGGCCUUGAAAGUGGCUGAGGAGCACCUCACAAGUCGUACAUUCAUUGUCGGGGAGGUUCUUCGCCUAGCCGUCACGGAUUGCCACGGCCUAUCUCAUCUGUGCCGCCGUGGUUUUCCCAUCACCGGCCGACUUACAGACAUCUUUGGCCGAGGCCCUGGCCUCGUCAUAAGCAACAUUCUCUUUGCCACCGGCAACCUCAUUUGCGCCAUGGCCACAGACCAGUACACAAUGCUGCUGGGCCGCGCCCUCGCAGGUUUUGGUGGCGCGAGCUUGCGAAGCAUCCAACACUUCCUCGCCUCCGACUUAGUGCCACUACGCCAACGCAGUAUUACCCAGGGCAUUGCGAACUUGUGCUACGGCUGUGGCGCAAUGCUAGGAGGGUUAACUCGCGGUCUGAUCAACGAUAAUGCUCCCUUGGGACGGCGUCUGGCGUUUCUAGCCCAGGUGCCACAAUCGCUACUCUCCGCCGUGGCAGUGUUGUUCUUGGUCAAAGUCUCCACUAAGCAGCCUGACAUGUCAUAUCUCGCGCGUAUCGACUUCUACGGUAUCUUCAUGAGCCUUUCAUGCACCAGAAUUAUGCAUUUGGGGCUGAACUCCGGAGGUACCUAA